UUGGCGCGAAAUAAUUUUGAAGUUUUUAUGAUUGUCAUUUAUCUAUUUUAAUAAUAUAUAAUUAAUUAAAACGUUUAAACUUAGAGGAAAUUAGAGGAAUUUAAACUUAGAGGAAAACAAAUUUUAGGUCAAUGGUGCUUGAAAAUGGAUGACUCCCAAAGUUCUGAUAUUUUCUCAGAAAACAGUAUCAACUUACAGAAUGUAACUAUUAAUAUAGAAUCGUACGACUUGCUUCUUAACAAAAUAAAGAAUUCUACGCUUGGAAAUAUUAGCCAAAAAAACAAACUCUCGGAACGCUUCCAUUUAAUAUUAAAUGACUGCAGUAGCUUAAUUAUUCAGGGUCUUGAUCUAAUUUUAUCAUUAUUAGAAGAGUCACCAGUGGCCAUUGAUAAAGUAUGUAAUUAUAUAGAUGAUAGUGUUUAUAUAUUACAAAUAUUGUCCAAUUAUAUAAAGAACAUUCUUGAAACUCCUACGAUAACAUGUUGUACAAUGAAGACAUUCCCAACAUCUACAGGAAAUAUUAUUUCGCUUAUUUUCUCUCAUUGUAAGGAUAGUGAAUGCAUUUAUGGCAGUUAUUUGCACAAUGUGGAAAAAAAACUAAAAGACUUAUUUAGGAGUUGCCACGAAUUACAGCUUACAUAUUUAAUGGCUUUGGAAAGAAACUUUUUAUUUGAUUUAUCAGAACAGGAGGAGCAAGAAAUUCUUAUAGAAACAUUAAGUAUAAAUUUGAAGAUUGGUGAAAUCGUACAAGCACUGGAUGUUAAAACGAUGGCGGAGCAAUGGAAAGCAUAUGUCAUGAUUUGUGAAAAAUAUUCUAAUUUCUUAUUGGAUAAAAAUAUUUACAAUAAUUGUGCUAAACUUCUGGCUACCACAAUAGAUAAUAAUAUUAAAACUGCCCUGGAGGUAACAGAAGAUAAAAUUGUGAUGAGGUCAUUAAAAGUUGCCAACUUUUCCCUGAAGAUUUUACUUAAGAUUUCAUCUAUUUUCAAAGGUGCUAUGUGUGUUAAUUAUCAACUUAUUCUGGAUUUACUUCAAAAUAUAUGCCUAUGUAACAGUAAUUACUAUGAAUUAACAGCAAAGAAAUCAUCUGGAUUUUCAAAACUCAUACAUACAAAUCUUAUAGUAACUGCAGACGCAUUAAUCACUCAACUUGUGACUGAGGAAAAAUUUAUAAAAUUGGUGCUCUCAAUAAAUACAAAUGAUAUAAAGGAUCAAAAUAUCAUAGGAUAUAUUCUUUUUAGAAUAUCAAUUAUGAAGGCGUUAUUGAAACACAAUGAUGUAAUAAGUGGAACAAAAAACAAACUAAUUGACUGUGUGUUCUCCAUUCUACCAAACUGUCAUGUGUGUUUCACCGUGGAUCUGAAAUUCGAUUCUAUAAAUUAUGAAAGCAAUCAACAAUCUAAUGGCUUUUAUGAACAUUUAUUAAUUCACACGAUAGCGUUAGCAACGUCUAUGAAUCGACAGGAAUACAAUAAAUUGGAGAAAAGAUUUUAUGAAGGAAUUAUGGGUUUCGAUUUUUACACCGCCGUGUUUUCGUCGAAUGUCUGGAUUGUAUUGUGCAGGAUGAAUAAUUCUCAAUUACAAAUAAAUACUUUACAAAAUUUAUUAAAAAUAUAUAAAAAACUGGAAACAAAUGGAUCAUUUGCCACAUCACCUCAACAAGUUAAUUUAAAUUAUACAAUAGAAUUGUUUUUCCAAAAUCUAAAAUAUCCGGAGAAACUUUUAAUUUAUAAGCAUUUUAGUAUACAAGAUAAUCGAAAUAUUGGCAUAUGGUUUGCUUUAAAAAUAAGAAAUUUACCUGAAAAUCUCGAAAUACUUGCAGAGAGAAUAGUGAUUGAAAAAUUGAUCAAAUAUUAUGAUGAAAUGUCAAAUAAUAAUGUUUCUUAUGACAUAGACAAUUUGAAUAAAUAUCUGAAACUAGCAUCAACUUGUUCAUUUGUUGAAUGUAAUUCGAAAUUGGAGGAAUUGAUUGUGAAGUGCUGGUGCAGAGUUUGUCCUGAUUGUAGUUGCAUUGUUCUUCAAAAUCAUCCCUAUGUGUUGCGAUACAUAGAAAGUUUAAUUUACAUAACCGAUAGUUAUGUGCAAAAUUUUGAAAACAACUCAAGUAUAAUUAAGAUAAUACAUAUAAUAUCAAGCAUUUUGUUAAAAGGUAAUUCUGAUCUCAUAAUACUAAUAUUUAAAACCUUUUGCAAGUCACUCUGUCAAUGUGAAGAUGAAGAUAAUUCAGUGAUGGACCUUUUGAUAAACACGUUAAAGUCUUUGACGGCAGAUAAUGAUGUUCAGAAUUAUUUAUUCAGUGUUAUCACAGCACACGAUGAAAUCAAUAAUUUAUUAACACCCAUUUUAAACAAACAUCCCUCAUUAAAAGAAUUGAGGCAUUGUUUCGUGGAAUAUAAAACGAAGUUUCAAGUCACCAUGGAUAGAAAAGAACAACUAGAAAUUGUAUCAGAAAAUAUAUUUGAACACAAAUGUGUUGAUGUUAAUAAUAAAGAUAUAAAAUUAGAAAACAUGAAAACUAGCAGGAAUUUUGAUAUAGACAUGGACUCCUUGUUUGAGGAAAGCGAGCCAGCGAGUAAAAAAGCGAGGUUUGAUAUGGACAUUGAGAAUCUCUUAUCAAAUAUAGAAGGUAAUGUCCUACAGCUCGUACAAGCUAAGGAAAAUAUGAUCAGCGAUCACAAGAAUAGAAUCAAAAACGUGUGUGAUAAUCUAAGAAAUAUAAUUUCCUAA